UGAUCCCAAAUCCGAGCCGGUUCGUCCCCACUUCCAAUCUCUUCUCUUCUCUUCUCGGUAAUUCUCUGAAGCUCUCUCUUUCUCCAAAACUCCUUUAUGUUUCCCUCUCGAAAGCUCCAUCGAUGACUACCUUUUCUCUUUUCUAUUUUCAAGCUGCAUCUCUUUGAGCUUUUUUGCUGACGCUGAUCAUCCAAGGAUUUCCACUCCCACGACCUCUCAAAGCGGAGCCCCUGCGUGUUCUUAUUGCUCAUGUUGUCUCGCCGAUUUUCUCUCCCUUUUCUGUCCGAUCAUUGUUUGCUGCUUCUAAUUCUUCUUUUCUCACAACAAGAUUGAGUUUACUGUAUCAAUUUUGGGCCUGAUCGGUCAUGUACUCUGUUCUAUAGUCACUUAUUAUAAGAAAACUAGACUAGGGUUACAAGUUCUUUUUUUUUUUUUUUGUUCUAUUUUCAAUUUUUUUUAUAUAGUUUCAAUUGAUUGUAGCUUUGGUCUCCAUGUUAAUGGAUUUUCCCUUCCCGGUAUUGUAUUAUUGACGUUUAUAUGAUUAUUAUCUUCUCGUUUUAUUUUUUUUUUCCCUUUCUUGAUAUGAUUUUCUACGGGGAAAAGGUGUGAAAAAAAUUGAAAAAAAAAAAAAGGAAAAGAAUUGGUAAAAACUAUAAUCAAGCAAUACACUUUUGGCAUCCCCUUUGCUUAAUAAGAGAGAGAGAGAGAGAGAGAGCGAGAGAGGAAAAGAAAAACGAGAUUGUAAAACUAGUGUAUUACUUUUGAAUGGGGAGCCCUGCAUUAUGUGGCCGGAAUAAUGGGCAGCAGCGGUUAGGCAUUACUGAUCCCAUUUCGUUGAGUGGGCCGACGGAGUACGAUGUGCUAAAGACUCGCGAACUCGAAAAGUAUUUGCAAGAUGCUGGGUUGUACGAGAGUCAGGAGGAGGCCGUGAAUAGAGAAGAAGUUCUUGGGAGGCUUGACCAGAUUGUGAAGAUUUGGGUUAAAGCAAUUAGUCGUUCAAAGGGGUUGAAUGAGCAACUGGUACAAGAAGCCAAUGCUAAGAUUUUCACGUUUGGUUCAUAUCGUUUAGGGGUACAUGGCCCUGGUGCAGAUAUUGAUACACUGUGUGUGGGACCUAGACAUGCAACACGUGAAGAAGACUUUUUUGGUGAGCUACAUAAAAUGCUAUCAGAGAUGCCUGAAGUGUCCGAGUUGCACCCUGUGCCUGAUGCUCAUGUCCCUGUGAUGAGAUUUAAGUUAUCCGGGGUUUCCAUUGAUCUUCUCUAUGCGAAAUUGUCACUAUGGGUUAUUCCUGAAGACUUGGAUAUAUCUCAGGAAUCGAUACUUCAAAAUACAGAUGAACAGACAGUUCGUAGUUUAAAUGGUUGUCGAGUUACUGAUCGAAUUCUGCGAUUAGUUCCAAAUAUUCAGAGUUUUCGAACAACAUUGAGAUGCAUGAGGUUUUGGGCAAAACGCCGGGGUGUUUAUUCCAAUGUUUCUGGAUUUCUUGGUGGUAUAAACUGGGCAUUGCUUGUUGCUCGCAUAUGUCAACUAUACCCCAAUGCAUUGCCAAAUAUGCUCGUGUCUCGUUUUUUCAGGGUCUUCACCCAGUGGCGCUGGCCAAAUCCAGUCAUGCUCUGUGCUAAUGAAGAGGGAUCUCUUGGACUUCCAGUUUGGGAUCCGAGGAGAAAUCCGAAGGAUAGAUACCAUUUAAUGCCUAUAAUUACUCCUGCUUAUCCUUGCAUGAAUUCUAGCUACAAUGUUUCAGCAAGCACUCUGCGUAUUAUGACCGAAGAAUUUCAAAGGGGACAUGAUAUUUGUGAGGUUAUGGAAGAAAACAAGGCCGAUUGGGACACACUUUUUGAGCCCUACCCCUUCUUUGAAGCAUACAAAAACUACUUACAAAUAGACAUUACUGCAGAAAAUGAUGAUGAUAUAAGAAUUUGGAAAGGUUGGGUUGAGUCUCGCCUUCGCCAACUGACAUUGAAGAUUGAGAGACAUACGUAUAACAUGCUUCAAUGCCAUCCUUAUCCUGGAGAUUUUUCUGACAAAUCCAGGCCUUUCCACCAUUGUUAUUUUAUGGGUUUGCAGAGAAAACAAGGAGGUCCUGCAAGUGGGAGUGAACAGUUUGAUAUAAGGUUGACAGUUGAUGAAUUUAAGCGUUCUGUCAAUGUGUAUACACAGCGGAAGCGUGGGAUGGAGAUUUAUGUAUCGCAUGUGAAAAGGAGGAGUAUACCAAAUUUUGUCUUUCCAGGUGGAGUUCGACCAUCACGUGCAUCAAAAUUGACUUGGGAUAUUAGGCGUAGUUCAGAACUAAAAGCUUCUGACAGUACUCAAGUAGACAGCCCAUCUGAAGUUACAGAAAGUUUAGAUGGGGAUGAUAGAAGGAAAAAAAUACGUAUUGAUGAUGAUGCAAAUACUAACUUGAGAAAUGGAGAGUGCUUGGCUGCAGCCAAUUCCCACCACGAGGAAGUUCACGAAGUCAGCCAAGUCAGCAACACUAGCUCAUGUUCCAUUAAGGAUGUGAAUUUUAUUCCCACCAGUACAAAUAACUUAGAAAAUCUGGCAGAUGUUUCUUCUCAGAAUAAUGGAGAUCAUGGAUCGAUGGGUGUUAAUCCCUCCAAAAAUGUAUCAGAUACUGCUGCUGAUACAUCAAAUUGUAAAGAAGCAGAGAAGCUGGCAAUUCAAAAGAUUCUGUCCGACUCAUAUGACUCUCACCAAGAUUUUCCUUGUGAGCCUGAAGAGCUGGAAGAUUUUGACUAUAAUAAACAAGCUAAAGAUUUUGGGGCCACUAAGCAAGGUAGCCCCAUGAUGUCUUCUGUUGCAAACACAUCUCCAGUAGUACUGCCUACGGUAUCUUGCAAUGAAGCACGCCAGUCCUCAAGUUCAUAUUCCAAUGGGGGCUUAGAAGAGCUUGAGCCUGCUGAGAUUGUGGCGCCAUUGUCAACUGGGACAGCACCUGUAGCGGAGCGAAAGCCAAUCAUCAGGUUAAGCUUCACUUCCUUGGGAAAAGCUGGUAAAAGCUCGUAAAGAAGGGUUCUUCCAAAAGGAGCCAGCUCGAGAGAACAUUCCUCUAAUCUGUUAUGUACCUGGCGUUGUCUUGCCAGUCGAUUUUCUUUCAUGUAACUCUUGAGCCUUAAUAAUACAAAAGGGAAAAAGGAAAAAAAAAUGUCCCAAGUUUUUAUGUAAUUUGUAUAAUGGGGCUUGAAGGGCCCCCUAAGUGCCCAACAGUUCAACAAAUGUACUAGUCGAUGUAUGCCUUCUUUUUCUACCGUGUUAAAGCAGAUGAUAUUUUCUAUUA